UUUCCACACUCAAGCUGAGUGUGCAAGCAGAGUGCAUGUGUAGCACCCGUCAUACAGAAGAGACUGUGGGAAUAGGUGGACGUUUGAUUCUUCUCUGUUGCAGCGCUAUAAGGAUGGAUUGAGUUAUUGGGCCACGAGUCAUUCUCGGGAAGACACUGGGUUUACUGGAGGAGAAGUGCUUUUUCUCUCCUUCCUGGCAUUCCUUUUCCCUUUAUUGCAGUUGGCUGGUGCACAUACCUUUGGGUUUUGGAGAGAGGGGCAGCAGUGGGUUUUGGGGAGUGGGGCUGGAGUGGGUUUUGGAGAGUGGGGCUAGAGUGGGUUUUGGAUAGUGUGGGUACAGUAGGUUUUGGAGAGAGGGGCAGCAGUGGGUUUUGGAAAGUUGGGGUACAGUAGGUUUUGGAAAGUGGGUGCACAGUAGGUUUUGGAAAGUGGGGGCACAGUGGGUUUUGGAAAGUGGGGGUACAGUAGGUUUUGGAGAGUGGGGCAGCAGUGGGUUUUGGAAAGUGAGGGUACAAUAGGUUUUGGAAAGUGGGGGUACAGUGGGUUUUGGAGAGUAGGGGUAAAGUAGGCUUUGGAGGAACUGGGGGUACAGAGAUGCCAGAGGAAGGAAUUCCGUAUCCUCAGGUGUUUGUGGUGGAUAGACAGAUGGGUGUGCCUCCCACUGUGCCUGUCCCACACCGGCAACGCACUGUCCUUCUCCAGCAGAUUCUGAUCGUGCUGGUGUCUCUGGCACUUUGUGGACUGGCCGUGGAGGCCUGCUUCAUCUAUAGACUCUACAACCAGCCUUCCGAUGCCAGCAUGUCUGUAAAGCAGCUUGGAGAACAGGAAAGCCGUUUUUUGAAAAAAGUUGAAAGGGAAGGUAAAAUCCACCCAACAGAGAGAAGUGGCAUCGCACUGAAGCCAGCAAAGCCCUCUGCACAUCUCACAGAUAUUAGCAUUCCUGUGGCACCAGAUGGGAUACUGCAGUGGGGGAUAAAUGGAGAUGCCUUCUCUGCUGGGGUGGAGCACAAGGACGGGUCACUGCUACUGAAGAAGGAGGGGUUCUACUUCAUCUACUCUAAGGUGUCAUUUGAGGAGCUCACCUGUUCCAUGUUCAAGCAUACGGUCCUGAUGCGCACCCCUCGCUACUCUCAAGACCUGCCACUCAUGAAGGCCAAGCGCUUCUCCUGCAGCAACUCCAAACAGCCCGAAGAUGGCAUGCUGAACAGCUACCUGGGUGGAGUCUUCCACCUGCAUGUCGAUGACUCUGUUUUUGUGAAGGUGGAGAAUCAUACCCUGGUCAGACACCAUGACACCUCAGACAACUUCUUUGGAAUGUUCAUGAUAUAAACAAAAAGUGAUGCAACUGUUAAUGGUGUUUGUGUAGAUCUGGGUUAGGGUCACACAAACAAAGGUGUGUGUUAAUAGUGUGUUUGUGUAGAUCUGGGUUAGGGUCACACAAACAAAGGUGUGUGUUAAUAGUGUGUUUGUGUAGAUCUGGGUUAGGGUCAAGGCAUGACCAUUGAUGAGGAAAUCAGUCUGCGGAGCAUAAUGAAGGUGUGAUGAGGGACUGAUGAGAUGAGUGUGUAAGAGAGUAAAUGGAGUGUGAAGGUCUGAGUGUUAUACAAGACUGCAGUGGAACACAUUGCUCCAGCACACAGAUACUAUUUUAUUUUUAUAGAUAAUUUUUGUACCACCCAUGGACAGGCAUAUUCUGAAGGAAAACCCAACACACUUCUUAAAAGUAUUAUAGUGUUUAAUUAUAAUGCAA